AUGCCCGCAGAUCUGCGUUCCAAUCAAAAAGUCAAGUACUGGAAGUGCGAUAUUACCUCGCCAGAAGCCGUAUCAGCGACCGCAACGGAGAUCCGGGCCUCUUUGGGCAAUCCGUCUAUCGUAGUCAACAAUGCCGGUGUCGCCUACACUCACUCUGUCAUCGAAACCGACCCGGAAGACUUACGGAGAAUAUUUGGCGUCAACCUCCUUUCUCUGUGGUCUACAGCCAAGCAGUUUAUCCCCGACAUGAUUAUGAAAAACAAGGGCCACAUUGUCACCGUGGCAAGCAUGGCAUCCUACUCAGCUUUGCCCACCGCAGUGGACUACUCCGCAACCAAGGCUGGCGCUUUGGCAUUCAGCGAGGGUCUUUCCU